AUGAAUACAACCGACCACAGAAAUCUCACCAGCGCCUUCAGCCAGCUCAAAGGCGACAAGAUCAAGGAACGGCAGGAGGGCCUCCAAGCAUUAAAGACUAUCUUCCAACGCUCUCGCGCUGUCGAGAAAUACGACAAAGGUGAUGGCAAAGCAUGGCUCAUCACCUUCCAGGCCCUCUUCGAGGCUAUCGCGGCCGAGAAGUCUACCUUCUUGAAGACAACCACGAAGGGUGGUUCCACUGCUGCCGCGGAGCGACGACUUGGAGAGGUGGCGGCCACCGUCCGAUGGCUGACGGAGAAGAGCUCACCAUAUCUGAACAGGAAAGUGACCAAGUCACUUAUCUCUCAUCUUGCAGGGCUCUCCAUCAACAACAAUACGCUCUUCACCCCGGUCUCUGUCGACUAUGUCAAGGCUAUUCGAGCAAUAGUCAACUAUACGCCACAUUUGGAACACCUAGAUUCCGACUUGUGGGUCAAGCUCGUGCAGCUAGGAUUCAACGUCGUUUUGGGCCUUCCCUUGCGCAAGGAGAUCUAUUAUACGGAGGAUGACGCAGCUAUCGCUGUUGAUGAGGCGCAGGAGGAGGAUUAUGAAGAGGAACAAGGUACGAGGAAGCGGGGCAGACGAGAAUUGAGUGCCACACCAGGUCCAUCGCGUGUAACAUCCAAACUGUCGCAUGCCUCCAUCUCUCGCGAGCAAAUCGAAUAUAUCGGUCUUCUCUCCGAUUUACUUCGCUCUCCUUCGUCGCCCCUCUUAACCUCGGAUCCAACGCACGAAGGUUUGGCUGAAGGCAUCCUCAACCGACUGCUUUCCUUCAUCAAACUUUAUCCCUUCGAUACUUCUCUUCACAGGGGUUAUCUUGUGGCCCUAUCCGCUACCCUUUCGCACGUCGCACUCAAUAGACGCGAUGCUGUUACCCACUUUGCGCGUAACUCCUGGAACGGUCUUUUGGACAUGUGGGGCAUGAAGGACAAGAGCAUGAAAGAGGGCAUCAUUGUCGUCUUGAGAGUCCUCUUCCCAUUUUACACCGCUAGCGACCCACGUUACGACAGUUCGGCCCCGAACUUCAGCUACCUCGACGGUGUGGCACGACUGUGGCAGAUAUUGGACAGAGAGGCAGAUAGUCGUUGGGGAGUCGAAGGACUUUCGUUGGACUGCCUGCGGUUGCAGCUUACCUCCCCAGAUGCAAUAGGCUCAUCUGCUUUCGUCGCACGGACAUUUCGGUACGGGUGGCAGUUUGAUUCGUCGCAGGCUCUUGCUUGGUCUAUCCUUGAACUACAAGCGGAUUGCGCUCAAAAGCUUUUCAUCCAGUCCGAGUCCGUGCUUUCUCCACCUCGAAAUUACACGCCGGUCGCACAUCGAGGAAAGAAGCUCAGGCUAGAUAAUCCCAUCGCCUCCCUCCUUGACACCAUUCAAUCGUCGACGUCGACAGUUUCAGCCGCAUAUCACCUCCAGAUCCUCCUCUUCUGCGUUGACCGCCACUGGACCAUCAUGCACGACAAACCGCAGAAAGAGAUCCUUUCCGCCUUGCUCCAGCUCCUGACAAACGACGAUGUCGUCAUACAGUCUUGGACAUUUCUCUGCCUAGGUGCCAUUGCAGACCAGGUAGUUUCUCGGCCAAGUCACGGUUCAGCAGCUGAUGGAGGGCUAUCGGACUUCUGGGAUCCAGUAUGGACGCAUGCGAUGCGACGGGCGUCCGUCCCCAUUGUCUGCAGAUCAGCAUGCCACAUAGCCCACAUCUUCCUUCUCCACUCAAAAACCCUUCUGUCCACCCAACGUGCCCUCAUCGAGGUCGAAUCUUUCGCAAAGGACUUAGACGUCCAAGGCCCUCCCUUCCCAUACGACUCCGUCUGCAGUUUCCUCGUGCUUUGUCUACAAGUCGCGAGUCAAGAUAUGCGUCUCUACAGGAUGCAAAUCGAGGACAAGGCCCUCGCGUGGCUCACCGAUAGCUGGAGGCUUGCCGUGACGAGGACGACGGGCGGACAUUCAUUGGACGGUUCGAGGGUGAAGGUGCCACAUCCGGUCGUGGCAGAUCUUAUGCUGCUGUUGGAGAACAUUUGUGGAUUGUCGAGGAGGAGCAGUCUCGUGUGUAGGACGAUUUUGCCGGAUUGUGCGAUUGUGGAACAGAUGGUCGAGGAGCGGAGGACGACCGUUAUUCGCGAGUUUUUGCUCGAUGCACGAUUACCACCUUUUCAAAAAUCCACCGACGCCGCCACAGUUUCGACGUCCUCCCAGACAUCUUCGACCACUGCGACAGCUUCAGGGUCGCAAUACGAGAGUAUCGAAGCACAGGAACUCGCAAAUCCAGGGCAGAGGGAACGCAAGGUCUCUUCCAUGAUGCACAAAUUCCUCUCAUCUCUUCUCCCUGAUUGGGAACGCAACGACUCCACCACCGCCCACAUGUCCGCCGAACGAGCCCGUCAACUCCUCGACGUCGCCAUCACCUGCCUCACCUUCCAAUCUCUCCUCGUCUACAACGGGACCAGAUCGGACAGGAAGGUCCUGCAGGACGCGUGCAAACUUAUCACGCAUGUGACGCCGCUGUUGAUGACGAGGAAGUGGAGUGCUGAGGAACAGGCGGUGGUGUUGUUGGGGUUUGAACCGUUGGUGAGUGCGGGCGAGCAGGAGGAGGAGGAGCCGGCGUGGGAGGGGAUGUUGAGUCCGAAUGAGGGGACGGGGAUUAGGAGGGAGGUGUUAAAGGGGAUGACAUCGAGUAUGGGGCGGGAGAGGACACAGACGGUGGCUGCUCGGAGGGAAUUGCAGCGUAUUAUAUGGCAGACUGCAGAGAUUCAAGACGACUUCGCGAAAGUCAUGGUCACGAUGAAGGACGUUUUGCGUGCGAUCUUGAAGAGUAUGGUUGCCGGUCCGCAAACAACCAACAUGGUUACGGAUGAGGACAACGAUGGGUUCGGCGCUAUUCGCACCGUAACGGACAAUACACCCCCUCAGUCCAAACAACGACAGGCAACCGGACCCGGGACGACAUUUUCACGGUGCAUCAUGUCGGUCUGCACGUCCUUCCUUGCGGUUUGCCCUAUCCUACAAUCCUCGUCAGGGGAGCCCACGCGUGACCGCGAGCUGACGGAGAUGCUCCUGAACGCGGAUGGAGACGAUUUCAUCCUCGCAGCACCCGCUUAUUUCCGUAAUGUCGAGCAUAGGACGCUGAACAUCAAUGCCACUGUCCUGGACAAUUUCCUAGUGAAAAUCGGUUCACUUCUCCAACAGUUCAUGUACAGCAGAAACGAAGCGUUACACGCUCUGGUAGUCCAAUUCCUCCAGGCCACCAGCUUUCUCUGGGUACAAGGCUCCAUCGCCGAUACCGAUGUCGGCGGUGCUACACGCGAGCUGUGUCAGUGGCUUGUGGGAAUGUAUGAAUCCGGAAAGAUGUCGUCUUGGAAGAUACGAGACGCCUUUGCUAUCUUCAUGGAGAAAUACCUCGUGCUGGAUCCUUUCGAGCGAGUGUGGACCACACCGGACGAGAAGGAGGAUGGAACGAUAGAGGUGUCGACUGCCCCUUCGGCGCUUCUACCGGACAUGAGCACCGACGAGGAUAUUCGAGUUCGUUUCCGGGUCGCAAGUGCGAACGCACGAUUGUUUGGCCUUCCGAGGUUGGGAAAGGACAAGACGGCCAUGGAGAUUUAUAUAGAUCUUCAAAGUCGACUUGGCACGGAAUUGGAGAAAUACGAGGAGAUGCUCACUCGGUUCCUCACGCUGGGAAACGUCAUGGUCGUGUGCUCGGCCGUCCGGCGGGGUUCGUACUGGCAUCUUCUCGAGACACUGUGCCAUAGCGAAUGGUAUCCUCGGAACGUGGAGGUCAUCUUGCGGGCCGUCGCCGAACGUCUGGGCAUGCGAAACCUGAGGGAACUCUACGACACCUACGCGUACUCGAUCGCCCAGACCGUCCAUGAGAACGAAUUGGAUUACCACAAGCUGCCGCCCUCCGUCCUUGGCUGUCGUGACAUGAAGGAGUACGCCCGAGCAUCUUUCAGGCCCUUUGCUGUCUUCAGACUUAGCAUGGUGGGCAAGAACGCCGAGGUCCUUACUCGGGAUGCACAGAGCUUCAAGAGGCACUGCAAGACGAUCGACAUAUCCGUCGAGCAGGGAUUCUUGGAGUGUUUUCCGGAAGUCGUAGCUGUGUGGCUAUUGGCGACGGUGGCGGAAUGCCCAAACGUUACCGGAGACGUAGAAAAGGCAGCCAUCGCAGAUGAACUGCAGGCAUUGACAGACAAAUGGGUCGCGGGCCGCGACAUCAAGACUCUUCUUCGCGACAACAUCGACAGCGUUGUCUUCGCACUUCUGAAGAAUCUCAAUGAUCAAGACUGCUCUCCGGAAGGUUCAAUCGCUCAAUCGCUCUCCAAUGGCCGGAUCAGAAAGCAUUUCAUAGCGCUCACUAUCUAUCGCGCUCUUGACGUUGUAGUUCCCCACGAGCCUAAUAAGCCAGAGAGUCCGAUUGGUAUAAUUCUGCGCGGUCUCAAGUGGCUGGGUAGCAUCGUCACGGAGACCGCUAAGCCUGCGACGACAUACCACGUUUUGCACCAAACGCUCGCCGCGGUUCAGCAGUCUCCUCUCGUACACGAGCAAUUGCGCCUGCUUACUGGUCUAUGCAUCUGGAUUGCAUAUCAAACGCAGCAUCACUUUGAGCCCGUCCUACUUCAUACCGUCAUCCACGGUGCUUCCUCGCUUUUGACCCAAUUCAAUCUCGCACAUUCUGCCCAGUCGAUCCUUGAAUGGGCGUUCGAACAGUACACCAAAUUGGACGAUGAUGCGACCGACCUGCGUCUUCCGGACGUUCUCAUUCGCAUAUCCGUCACUGCUCACAAUUACACGAAGGACGCCGACGGAACCGUCGCGACACUAGGUGCUCAGCUUCUCACUUGGCUGGAUGGCCAGGUUGUCAAACUAGCGCGGGUGCCACACCUCCUUCCUCUCGUCGCAAAGGCUCUCCCAGCGUGGCCACAAGAACCGUGCGACGAACUGUCCGUUCUGUACCAGAAGCUUUCGGCACAAGACCUAUCCGAGAUCCUCCAAGGAACCAAUGUCACAUCUAACAAGUUCCGGGUCGUGCGAAGACUCCGUGAUCUAUCCUGCGCUGGUCGCUAUACAGGCCCUCAGUUUUCACACUUGGACUUUUGGCGUUUAAAGGACUGUAUACCGCCAUCACAUCACCUCCAGGAUGUCGACGUGGACGCUUUCACAGCGCUGCUACUCGAACAUAAGGGUCAGAUUCACAGUUUUGGCACGAAUCCCCUGAGCGCACAAGUACAAGACGCCCGUCUUAUUCCGCAAGAGGGCUCGCCAGACGGAACAGCUGAAGAUGGGCCUUUGGUCUCUGAGCUUUGGAUCCUUGAACACCUCCUGACGGCGUUGGACUCGGAUUCCUCUUCACGCAUUCAUGUAGCUUACUCGGUUCUUCGAACGCUCGCCUCCACCGAGUUGCCGAAGAUAUUGUCAUGGUCAACGGCGCAUGUCACAGAGGUGCAAUACUUCCGCGACUGCCCGAGGCCUGCACUCUCGAGGCCAGCCAUCGACGUCGCCAUUCUUUUGCGGUCUGAGGAUUACAGAACGGCGACCAAAGACUUCACUACAUGGAUCUCCUCUGUGGCCGCUGUCUUGAGUGACGCAUUGUCGGUCACCAAUGCCUUCUACGCACAACUAGCCCCCAUCCUCCAAUCAGACGCCACAUUUGCGGAAACCAUCCUCCCGAUUCUCGUUCACACUCUACUACGGAACGAGCUCGCCUCGCGGAGCACGCAUACACCUUCACUACGAGAUGUCAUCUCGCAAUACUUUACUUCUGUUAUCUGUGGCCCUUCUUCAGAUGUCAAAUGCCUUCGUGCCGUAGUCAACACUGUUCUUCACCUCCGUCAUUUCAAGCCUCCCCGUAGCCACGAUCCCUUGGGAUACGACAAAUGGCUCGGCAUCGACUACCUUCUCCUCGGCCGAAGUGCAAUCGCCUGUGGUGCCUAUACCACUGCUCUCCUUUUCCACGAACUGGCCGCAGAAUACGAUCCGGGAAAAGUAUCCGACGAUGACGGCUCAGAGAAUAUCUUAUUCGAUAUUUAUAGUCACAUCGAAGAACCGGACAGUUUCUACGGCAUCAAGGCUCAGGACUUUGGACAGUUCUUGAUGAAACGACUUCACCACGAACAGCAAUGGGAAAAAGCGUUUCGUUUCCAUGGCGCUGCUUGGGAAGCCAGCGGGCGGGGUGCGGCCGAUGCAGAGGGUGUCCUUCAUUCGCUCCAUUCGUUAGGAUUCGACCAUCUCGCAUUCGGUGUCCAGCAGGAUAUUGCGAGCGAAGGGACGAUCUCGUCUUCCAGUGUGAGCUAUCAGCUCGGGUGGCGAACGGACAAAUGGGAUCUGCCGGAGCAGAGUACCGCGGAGAACUCGGGAGCGAACCUCUACCAAGCGUUGCGGGCUGUUCACCGUGAACGUGAGCCAAAGGCAGUCGAGAAUACCGUCCGGACGGCGUUGUUGCACGAGAUGGACCGACUGCGUUCUCUUGGAGACGAAGACCUGGUGGGCAUCCGCGAGGUCACCCAAAACCUGGCGUGUCUCAGCCAAGUCAAAUUCUGGGUCAGCAACGAAGUCGACGCCAGCCUCCAAGCGAAGCGCUUGGAUGCCAAAUGGACCAGUUUCAGCGAGAUUGACGGUGAAUUCGAGUUUCCAUCAUUGGAGGGCGUCAUGGCGACAAGGAUCUCGCUCUUACGAGCAGUGCGUCAGAGAGAGCAACGCCGUCAGGUUGGUCAGAUCACAACACCUUUUCUGACACGGUUGGUCGAUACCGAGAAGGAAUGCUUCCUCCGCAUCUCCGAGGCCGCUCGCAGUUCUCAGCAUCUACAAAUCGCGCUGAACUCAGUCAUUCGAGCGAAGCAAUUAGACCGAAAAUCUGAUACGAAGGUCUCACUCGAAUACGCCAACGUCCUUUGGCUUCAACGAGAACAUAAGCUCGCCGUUCAGUAUCUGAAGGAUCUCAACAACCAAAGCUUCAAUAACGUGGACGCUGCCGAUGUUGACGGUCGGGUCCAGAAGGCUUUACUACUAGCUCGUCUUGGGUCUUGGACAGCCGAGGCUUGGUUGGAAAGUCCUUUGGAGAUAUGGAAAAAAUACUUCAAUCCAGCCGCCACUAUAUUUGAUGAACUGCUCUCUGACGCGUCGAACGCCGACGUCCGCCAGCACGCUGCGAUUUACCACGAGUGCGCCGUUUUCGCAGAGAGGCAAUAUCAGGCCGUCAUCAAGAACCCGGAGGCUAUUCGAUGGAAAGUAUACUUCGACCGCAAGAAGAAAGAGGUCGACGAUCUUAACGCCCGUUUCAAGAGUAUGACCAAAGACGACCAGGACGUAAUGAAGCACGACAAAGCCAAGGCGGAGAAAGUCCUCAAGGAAGACAAAAAAAGAUACGAUCAGCACACCAAGGCCCGCAGUGACUUCCUGCAACAAGCCAUCGCCAUGUAUUCGCGAUGCCUGACAGUCUCUGACAAAUUCGAUGACGACGCCCACAUCCGGCUUACUUCGCUCUGGUUUGCCAACUUCGAGGAUCCGGCUCUUACGGCCAUGAUAGGUCCCUCGACCCAACGUAUCCCGUCCAGAAAAUUCGUCUUUCUAUGCCAUCAGCUCGUUGCACGACUAUCCAAGCGUUCUGGCGUCGCCAAACAGGUCGACCAACAGACUCUCCAGGCGCUGUUAUUGCGGAUGUGCAAAGACCACCCCUUCCAUACCCUCUACCCAGUCUUCUGCGUGCUCCCUUCUGAGACUGUGACUCAAGAUCAGCUAUCCGGCCAAUUUGCACCACUUCACACGCUCUCUCAAGUUGAUCGCGGGGAAGCUGCUACCAGCAUUUUUAGCCGUCUCCGUGGCAAUGAUUUAUUCGCAGAGCGUGUAAAAAACAUCGAAAAAGUAUGUCAUGCGUACUUGUCUUGGGCAAAUUAUCCUAUCAAGCAUAUUUCCGACAUAAACAAGCGCGGGAAGAUGACACUGCCGAGAAACAGCGCUCUCAGGAUGUUGGUAAACGUGCCAGUACCGGUUGUGACUGUCCACACGCCUCUAGACAUAACGGCGCAGUACAAGAAUAUUAUCUCCAUUGCCAAGUAUGAUGCACACUACACGACAGCUGGCGGGAUGAACGUACCCAAGAUCAACGAUUGCUACGGGAGCGAUGGUCGGGAAUACAAGCAAUUGUUCAAGGGAGAAGGUGGAGAUGACUUGAGACAGGAUGCGGUCAUGGAGCAAGUUUUCGAACUCGUAAACACAAUUGUUGGCCGAGAUCGUGACACCCGAAGACGCAAUCUCAGAAUUCGAGACUACAAGGUGAUACCUCUCGCCCCUCAAGCCGGUGUUCUCGAGUUCGUAGGCAACACUACUCCUCUAAGAAAAUGGCUCCAUCAUGCUCACGCGAGAUAUCGAUUUGACAACAUUAUCGAGAACGACCUCAUCAAGAUGAUGAAAAAUUUUCGCGCACGCGGUCUUGGGCCCGAGGCCAUAACCACAGAGUUCCUCAAGAUGCGCGAAGGCAUAAAACCUGUCAUGCGGCACUUCUUCAGGGAGAAACACAAGCUACCGAUGUCAUGGUUUGCGAUGCGUCUCAACUACACCCGUAGUGUCGCCGUGACAUCGAUUGUUGGGCACGUUUUGGGUUUGGGCGACCGUCACACUUCGAAUAUUCUCCUGGACACCGUAACCGGUGAAGCCGUACACAUUGAUCUUGGGAUCUCCUUCGAACAGGGAAAGCUCCUUCGAUAUCCUGAACUUGUACCAUUCCGAAUGACGCCCGACAUGGUUGAUGGGAUGGGAACAGCAGGAACGCAAGGCGUAUUUCAACGCUGUGCCGAAGAGACUCUCCGUGUCCUCCGAGAGGGAUCCGACAUCAUCUUGACGGUACUCGAAGUUUUCAAGCACGAUCCUCUUCAUUCAUGGACCAUGAGCGACCAAAAGAUGAAGAAGAUUCAAGGCAACGACACCGUCAACCAUGCUGAGAACAUGAGCGCACCUCAGUCAACCUUCGACCCUAGGCCACUUGGUAUCAAUAUUAGUAUGAGUAGCGGUUCCGUGGACGAGGCAGCCGACCGAGCCUUGACGAGUGUAGCGCGGAAGCUGGAGAAGACACUCAGUGUGGAGUACACGAUCAAUGAGCUGAUCGCCGAGGCCACAGAUUCUUCAAACCUGGCCAACAUGUUCGUCGGCUGGGCACCUUACUAUUGAUCUCUUUUUCCCCUGCAUUCGGGUUACUAUGACUUGUUUCCCCUUUCUCUCAAAUUCUGUGCUUUUAUUAUUUUUGACUGUUACCACGUACUCAACCAUUCACUAUCUCUCCCUCCACGAUCAACUGUAGCAUAUACCCGCACUUGCAUAUAUCUAUUCAAUCGGUACUCGU